UAUGAGUUCUGCCCCGAGGCACACCGUUGGCAACUCCUUUGGACAUUCACUCAACACCUCUGCUGUCAACCAAUCUUCCCAUCACCCUCCAGCAACUUCGAGAACUCUAGGGACAUCCAACGUGCCUGUGUCUAUGACAUGUAUGUUUUUUGCCAGGAGCGUGGUCUGACAGAGGCUUGGGCCUAUCUUUGGAAUUCUUGGUACAGCAAAUGGGAUCUCUGGGCAUGA